AUGACAGAAUUGCAUGAUAUUACUUUCAACAUUGCAGCAUUCAUCAGUGGCCUCUUUAUCCUCGAAUUUGGCCCCGACGAAUCCAUUGACAAUGCUGCUAUCAUAUCAGCUCGAUUGACUGUAUCACCCUCGUUGAUUACCAUUGCGUUGCUCACGUCUGGUAUGGAAUGGGAAAAACUCAUCGUAGCUAUCGCAGCCAUCUCUCAACAUCAAUCUUCACUUGCAAAUGGCAGUAUCGUCAGAUCAUCUCAUCUAUCUCGGAUAUCCUAG